GCUCUGCAGUCGAACAAUGGCGAAGAGCUGUCAGAUGGCGAGAAAAAAACAGUUUGUGUGCGGAAAUUUGUUGUGAAGAAUAAAUCCAUCUGUCGCGUACAAUUCAGCGUAAAAGGUUAAUUUUGCUGUGAAAUUCACUAGAUACUGUGUCAAUUGAUGCUGUGGUGAUAGUUGUGGAGUGAACGUGUGUGCGUUGGGGGUGGAAAAGGACGUGAAAAAAAAACAGGGAACGUGAGUGUGUAAAAAAGGUCCCAAGUUGUCUCCCGAUGACAUCGGUUUUGUGUCCAUUUUGCCCAAAAUUUCGCGUUUUUCCCUCAUUUCCACAUACAAUUCCACACUGUAAUGUUCUCAAACGGUCUGCCCUGUAAUUUGCCCUUUCCCAGCUGCCUCGGAGUGCCAAAACACGAAAGCGACGAACUCCUGCCCAUCAGCAUGGGAAGUCGAGAACCAGUCAUUCUCAAUGUCUAUGACAUGUACUGGAUCAAUGAGUACACCACCUCACUCGGCUUGGGGGUCUUUCAUUCUGGGGUUGAGAUCUUUGGGACUGAAUUUGCCUACGGUGGUCAUCCGUUUCCCUUUACUGGAGUCUUUGAGAUCCAGCCACGGGAUCACGAUGAGCUAGGCGAUCAGUUUCGCUUCCGCCAGAGCAUCCAGAUUGGCUGCACGGAUUUCACGGAGGAGGAAGUUAGGCGAAUUGUCGAGGAGUUGGGCAAUCAAUUCCGUGGUGAUCGGUAUCAUCUCAUGAAUAACAACUGCAAUCACUUCUCCAGUGCCCUCACGCAGAUACUCUGUGGUCAGGAGAUACCCAGUUGGGUCAAUAGACUUGCACACUUCAGCUCCUGCGUGCCAUUCCUGCAGCGAUGUCUCCCAAAAGCAUAUCCCUCUCAUGGUGAUACUGGCUCUUCUUCCAGAGAGUGGCUGACACCGAACGCCUUACAGCAAUCAAUAACGGCCAUCCAGGAUCGAGGAGGUGCCACUGCAAAUACCACAGCUGCGACUGCCGUCGAUUCCGACUUUGACUACGACAACAAGUGAGAUGAGAACUUCCCGAAGAGAUUUGAGAUGAAUCUUUAGAAAAUAAGGCUUGCAGAUCACAAAAAAAAAAACAGAGAAACACGUAAGAGGGUGUAGCAAUUUUAAGGAUAUUCCAAGUCAUUUGUUAGCAAAGAAAAAAAGGUCUCAUUAAUACCAAAAUUUGAUUUAUAGUAAAAAGAAGUGACUCAUAAUUAUUUUAAAAGAAAAACCAUUAUAUUUGAUGAGAUUUGUAGAGAUUCUCUUUCAAGGGCAUUUCUGUUGCAUCGUUUUUUUUCUACAAUUUAUGUAGGAUCUUAUCUUUCUAGGAUUAGAUUUAAACAAAAAAAAGAAGGAAAGAGAAAUUUUAUGUGGAGUCAUUUUAAAGAACACGUUGUUUGUGUGAGGAGCAUCUUGAGAAAGGAAGAGAGCUUUUUGGCUGCCUUGGAGGAAAAGAGUAUCCAAAGGUAGUCAAAAGCUCUUGAGGAAGUUGUUUGUUUGAUUGUCUGUGAAAGUAUGUCUGGAGCUUCUAUCUUUUGCAUUAAUAUCACCAAAAAAAAAAACAGAAAAUAAAUAAAAGAACAAUUAUAGAUCUUAAGAAAAAAAUUCUCUCCGUCACAAAUUUCCCACUCAUUUACAAAGAUCCCCUAAGUCUUUUCCUCCCUCUACCAUUGUAAAUAGAAAUUUAAUUAAAAAAAUAAAUAAAUAAAUAAACUACUUACAUAAGGAUAGGACGUUUGAAAUACUUACAAUUGUGAGAGACUAACAUAAGAAACAGGCACUAAUUUUAUCAAUUUUAUUUUAUUGAAUGAUUGAAUAAUAAAAAUGUAAUCUCUCAA